CAUUUCCCCUUAACUGGGAGGUCCCUCACAUAGACACAGUCCCGAGUGUGUGCUGGGACUCUGCCACGCAUGCAGUGGGCUGGCCUGGCUCUCGGAAGAGCUUCCUGGGGUGGCCUGGGGCUGAUUGGACCCCCUUUACAGUCCACUGGUUAGCACCCAGGGUCCAGUUCCAGCUUCCUCCUGGCUUUCCUUCCCUCCUAUGGAGUGACAUUUAGGCCAGCGGGUUCACCUGCCUGAGGCUGCCGGAAGUUGCGCAAACUUGGUUACCUGAGCCAGGUUGGCUGGGCUGGAGGAGCGCAGCAGCAGGGAGCAAGGGGAGCAAGAGGUUGCCUGCUUUCUGCCGGAGCGAAGCCCUCGGGGUAUGUGACAGCCAUGCCUGUGGACACGCUCAGCCCCGGAGCCCCAGCCGCGCCCGCCCUUCCUUUCCGCUUGCGGCCCAAGGUUCCCGGCUACCUGCUACGGAGGCCGGUGGACGGCGGAGCCCGGAAACCCAGCGCGGUGGAGCGCCUGGAGGCCGACAAGGCCAAGUACGUCAAGAGCCUGCACGUGGCCAACACCCGCCAGGAGCCAGUGCAGCCCCUGCUGUCCAAGCAGCCGCUCUUUAGUCCCGGGACUCGCCGCACAGUGCUCACGCCGAGCCGCCGAGCGCUGCCUGGCCCCUGCCGCCGGCCGCAGCUGGACCUGGACAUCCUCAGCAACCUCAUCGACCUGUGUGACAGCCCCGUGUGCGCCGGGGAGGGCAGCCGGACCCCCGGGCGGGCGGAGGGAGCCGCCCCCGCGCCCCCAGCCACCCCUCCGCGCCCCCCGCCCAGCACAGCUGCCGUGCGCCGCGUGGACGUGCGCCCCCUGCCCGCCGCCUCACCUGCCCAGCCCUGCCCGUCGCCCGGGACCACCGCCGCCUCCAGCCCCGGCCGGCCGCCGGGACUGCAGCGCUCCAAGUCGGACCUGAGCGAGCGCUUCUCCAGGGCGGCUGCCGACCUCGAGCGCUUUUUUAACUACUGCGGCCUGGACCCCGAGGAGGCCCGGGGCCUGGGGGUGGCGCACCUGGCGCGGGCCAGCUCGGACAUCGUGUCCCUGGCGGGGCCCAGUGCCGGGCCCGGCAGCUCCGAGGGGGGAUGCUCCCGCCGCAGCUCGGCCACGGUGGAGGAGCGCGCCCGGGAUCGCGUCCCCUACGGCGUGUCGGUGAUCGAGAGGAAUGCCCGCGUGAUCAAGUGGCUGUAUGGCCUCCGGCAGGCCCGCGAGACCCCGGCCGCGGAGGGGUAGGCCCCCACGGGGGCCGCGAUCCGCGCAGGACAGAGCGUGGCGGGCAUUUGGGCCCUGGACUUCUGCAUCCACUUCCUGUCUCUGGGCAGACCGGAGGCAGCUCCCUGGUGUGAACCUGAACCCCGCGUGGAGGCGCAACCUCAGACCCUGGCCGGCGACCUCUGACAAGGUCCCACCCUGCCCCCAGUGGCCUUGGCCUUGGCCUCCCCUCCCCACGAGCGAGGUUUCUGAAGGGAGUAUACACCUGCUUGGUUCCUCUACUGGGGCCGGAUUUGGGGUGUUGAGCCCUCCCCAUUGAGAGUAAGGGGCCAAACAACUUGCCAAGCCUGUCUGGCCAAGGAGCUCCAUUUCCUCCUUCCUUCCUUGGCCUCUGCUGACUUCUUUAUCCAGCGGGCCCUGACUUCCUGGGAGCUCAUCCUGGAUGGGGGUAGGGAGGAGAGCAUUUGUCUACAGUCUUUGGCAGAUGGGCUAGGUGGGUAGACUACAGGAGGGACUGGUUAGGAGACUGUGCUGCUCUGAUUUCUCUUCCUUGUUAAUAAACACAAUUGUUUGUUUUCUCAAGGGCUG